GCUGUACAAAUGUACUCGCUGUUGGGAGGCAAUAUGGACUGAAUAGAUUGACAGUGUGGUUAUACAGUGAAGACAAAAAGAGGGCAAACAGCAGUGAUUCUUACAUUCAGAACUACUCUCUGUAGACCUUGCAAGCAGGAGCUCCCUGAGCUGACAGAAUUGGACAUACGAUUUGAAGAUACUGACAUACCAGCAGCAACACGAGCGCAGUAAUCCACAAACAACAGGGCACAAUGAGUAUUGAGAAGAUAAGCUGGGAGUACAAGGGGAUUACUCUCCUUCAGAAUGUUACCAAGGAAACCCUGGAUGUCAUGCCUAACUUCCAGAUUCGAGAUGACGACAUCGUUGUGGCAAGUUUUCCAAAGACAGGGACAAACUGGCUGUUGGAUAUCAUAGGUAAGAUCCUGAGGGCUGCAGGAAAAACAGACAGCAGUACAGACAGCCUGAUUGCUCCAGGGCUCUUAGAGGCAAAGUUACCUACAGCCACACAACCAGGCUAUGUCACGCUCGCAGACAUGCCCUCUCCUCGACUUGUGGUAACACACCUGCCUAUUCAGCUGGCACCCAAUGGGAUAUCCAAGCCACAGAAUAAGGUGAAAAUCCUGGUGCCAAUGAGGAACCCGAAGGACACGGCUGUGUCACUCUUCCAUUUUGGCAAGAAAAUCCUGGAGUUGAUGGGCAUGACAGAUGAUGUUCCAUGGGAAGAGUUCGCUCAUAACUUCACCAAUGGAAAAGUGCUAUAUGGACCAUUUGAAGACCAUGUCUUGGGCUGGUGGCAGAUGCGUGAUGACCCCCACUUCCUCUUCCUCAAGUAUGAGGACAUGAAGAAGGACCUGCUGAGUGCUGUGAAGACCAUUGUGGCAUUUCUGGAGUUUAAUCUGGAUGAACCAACCAUAAAAGGCAUUGCAGAGGCCAGUACUUUCACCAACAUGAAGGCAGACAUGGACAAUUCCAAGCUAGCUGAGAGACAGAUGAUAGCCAGGAAAGGCAUCAUUGGAGACUGGAAGAACAUGUUUACACCAGAUCAGAGUAAAGCCUUUGAUGCCUGGUAUGAGGAGAAACUCGCUGGAACAGGCAUCAUGUUUGACUUUGAAUAAACAUAAUGUAUCAUUUAAAAAAAAUCCAGGAUCACAUACACAUAAGAGCACCAUUAUCAACAAACUUUCUCCCUAAUCAUCGUCAAUGAAAUCUCCUUGCCUUAAGUUUACAAACUGUACAUGAACACCAAUUAAUGUGCCUUAUAUAAUGAAUUGCCUUAACUCUAGAAUACACUCUGGUAGUGCAAACAGGGACACAUCAUCAGUGAUGACACUAUAUGCUGUGUUGAAAAAUUGAAAUAUACCAUGAUUGUCUAGUAGUAACCUA